AUGGUGUCAGGAGCACCCGGAAGCUUGGCUGAGGGCAGGAUCAUCUCACCCGUGGCUGAGGCUGAGCGUUUGCCUGUGGGAGCCAAGAGUCGGAAGUCUGGCCCCCGAAAGGACACUCCCCAAGUCCCCAGUUGGGGGCCCCGCGUAGACCUGGAGCGGACACCCCCUCCUUCCCUUCAUGAUUCGUUUGUAGCGCAGGCCCUCAAUGACUUCUUACAUGGAUCCGAGAAGCUGGACGGUGAUGACCUCCUGGAUAAUCCCGGGGAGGCCCAAAGUGCCUUCUAUGAAGGUCCUGGGCUCCACGUGCAAGAAGCUUCUGGCAACCACUUGAACCCAGAGCCUAGCCAGCCAGCCCCCAGUGUGGACCUAGACUUCCUGGAGGAUGACAUCCUGGCCUCGCCCUCCGCAGGGGGUGGUGGGGGCAGCGGAGGCUCUGACCAACCCUGUGACAUCCUCCAGCAGAGCCUCCAAGAGGCCAACAUCACCGAGCAGACGCUCGAAGCAGAGGCUGAGCUGGACCUGGGCCCCUUCCAGCUGCCCACGCUGCAGCCCGCAGAUGGCGGGGCAGGCCCAGUGGGUGCUGGAGGGGCUACCGCAGUGGCCUCGGGGCCCCAGGCCCUCUUCCCAGGUGGCACAGAUCUGCUGGGACUACAGGCCCCACCCACCGUGCUGACCCACCAGGCCCUGGUGCCACCCCAGGAUGUGGUCAACAAAGCCCUGAGUGUCCAACCCUUCCUGCAACCCGUGGGCCUGGGCAACGUGACCUUGCAGCCCAUCCCUGGCCUCCAGGGCCUGCCCAAUGGCAGCCCUGGAGGUGCCACAGCGGCCACACUGGGCCUGGCACCCAUCCAGGUGGUGGGCCAGCCCGUCAUGGCGCUCAACCCGCCCACCUCCCAGCUCCUGGCCAAGCAGGUGCCUGUCAGUGGCUAUCUGGCCUCGGCGGCUGGCCCUUCGGAACCAGUAACCUUGGCAUCAGCGGGUGUCUCGCCCCAGGGGGCCGGCCUGGUCAUCCAGAAGAACCUUCCUGCUGCCGUGGCCACCACACUCAACGGGAACUCGGUGUUCGGAGGAGCAAGCGCCGCCACCGCAGCAGCCACCGGGGCACCCUCAGGGCAGCAGCUGGCGGUGGCCCCGGGCCUCGGAACAUCGCCCCUGGUCCCUGCGCCCAACAUGAUUCUGCACCGCACACCCACGCCCAUCCAGCCCAAGCCUGCCGGUGUGCUGCCCCCCAAGCUCUACCAGCUGACACCCAAGCCUUUCGCCCCCGCGGGCGCCACGCUCACCAUCCAGGGUGAGGCGGGGAGCCUCCCGCAGCAACCCAAGGCUCCCCAGAACCUGACUUUCAUGGCAGCAGGCAAGGCCGGCCAGAACGUGGUGUUGUCGGGCUUCCCGGCGCCUGCCCUGCAGGCGAACGUCUUCAAGCAGCCCCCCGCCACCACCACGGGGGCAGCCCCGCCGCAGCCGCCCUGCGCCCUGAGCAAGCCCAUGAGCGUCCACCUCCUGAACCAAGGCAGCAGCAUCGUCAUCCCCGCCCAGCACAUGCUGCCCGGCCAGAACCAGUUCCUGCUGUCCGGCGGGUCUGCGGUCCAGCUCCCCCAGUCGCUCUCGGCCUUGCCGGCCAACGUGGGCGGGCAGAUCCUGGCAGCCGCAGCCCCCCACGCAGGCGGACAGCUCAUCGCAAACCCCAUCCUCACCAACCAGAACCUGGCAGGCCCUCUGAGCCUGGGCCCCGUGCUGGCCCCCCACUCCGGGGCCCACAGUGCAGCCCACAUCCUCUCGGCCCCCAUCCAGGUGGGCCAGCCGGCUCUCUUCCAGAUGCCCGUGUCUCUGGCUGCGGGCAGCCUGCCCACGCAGAGCCAGCCAGCACCCACUGGCCCCACUGCCACGACUGUCCUCCAGGGGGUCACUCUGCCCCCCAGCGCCGUGGCCAUGCUCAACACCUCCGACGGUCUGGUGCAGCCGGCCACACCUGCCGCCGCUGGGGAGGCCGCGCCUGUCCUCACAGUGCAGACUGCCCCCCAGGCGCCCCCCGCGGCCAGCACCCCGCUGCCUUUGGGCCUCCAGCAGCCGCAGGGGCAGCAGCAGCCUCCAGCACAGGCCCCCACACCCCAGGCUGCCAACCCGCCUCAGGCUACCACCCCCCAGCCCAGCCCGGUCCUGGCGCCCAGCCCGGAGAAGAUUGUGCUGCCCGCCUCUGCUGCCGCCACGGCCAUCCUCACUCAGGACUCCCUGCAGAUGUUCCUGCCCCAGGAGAGGAGCCAGCAGCCCCUCUCUGCCGAGGGUCCCCACCUCUCCGUGCCCGCCUCGGUCAUAGUCAGCGCCCCGGCUCCUACCCAAGACCCAGCCCCGACCACCCCCGUCACCAAAGGAGCUGGCCUUGGCCCUCAGGCUUCUGAUGGCCAGGCUUCCCCGGCGCCAGCCCCCCAGAUGGUGACCACCCCCUUCCCGGCGCUGCCCCAGCCGAAGGCUCUUCUGGAGAGAUUUCACCAGGUGCCGUCCGGAAUCAUUCUCCAGAGCAAGGCCGGGGGACCCCCUGCUGCCCCGCAGACCUCCGCCAGUCUGGGGCCCCUCGCCAAUCCCACUGCCUCUGUGCUGGUCAGCGGGCAGGCCCCACCCGGGACCCCCACUGCCCCCAGCCAUCCCCCUGCCCCAGCACCCAUGGCCACUGCAGGCCUCCCUCCUCUGCUUCCUGCCGAGAGCAAAGCUUUUGCCAGCAACCUCCCGACCCUGAGUGUGGCCAAGGCCGCUGUGUCUGGCCCAGGGAAGUCCUCCGGGCUGCAGUAUGAGAGCAAGUUGAGUGGCCUGAAGAAACCACCCCCACUUCAGCCCAGCAAAGAAGCUUGUUUCCUGGAGCAUUUGCACAAACAUCAGGGCUCCGUCCUGCACCCAGACUACAAGACAGCCUUCCCCUCCUUCGAGGACGCCCUGCACCGCCUCCUGCCCUACCACGUCUACCAGGGCGCCCUCCCCUCCCCCAACGACUACCACAGAGUGGACGAGGAGUUUGAGACGGUCUCCACGCAGCUGCUGAAACGCACCCAGGCCAUGCUCAACAAGUACCGCCUCCUGCUCCUGGAGGAGUCCCGGAGGGUGAGCCCCUCGGCCGAGAUGGUGAUGAUCGACCGGAUGUUCAUUCAGGAGGAGAAGACCACGCUCGCCUUGGACAAACAGCUGGCCAAGGAGAAGCCUGAUGAGUACGUGUCUUCCUCGCGCUCUCUCGGCCUCCCUGUCGCAGCCCCUUCUGAGGGACAUCGGCUCCCGGGCCAUGGCCCACCGCCGUCCUCGGCUUCUGGGGCGCCGGCCCAGCCCCCUCUGCACCUGCCCACCAAGCUGGUGAUCCGGCACGGCGGGGGCUCCCCCUCCGUCACCUGGGCCCGCGCUUCCUCCUCCCUGUCCUCGUCGUCGUCAUCCUCCGCCGCCUCCUCCCUGGACGCCGACGAGGACGGCCCGAUGCCCUCCCGCAAUCGCCCGCCCAUAAAGACCUAUGAGGCCCGAAGCCGCAUCGGCCUCAAGCUCAAGAUCAAGCAGGAAGCCGGGCUCAGCAAGGUCGUGCACAACACGGCCCUGGACCCGGUGCACCAGCAGUCCUCCAUCAACACCCUCUCCUCCUGCAGGCAGUUCGCCCCCUGUGCAGCUCCCUCAGCUGGUGAGUGUAGUGGGUAG